UGCAAGGAGCUGAAUUUGGAGGAGGAGUACAGGAAGUAUCAGGUCCGUCUUAUGAUAAGCUACCUCACCGUUUUCUACCCCUUGUUUUUACUGGUGAUGCUUUGCCUUCAAUUAGUCACAUGGACUUGUGUCGAGAACCCGGAAAUUAAUAAGAUGAACUUGCUCUUCGAUGGACUUUCGUUGAUUUUGGUAGCCUCCUUGAUGAGUGUCAAUUUCUUUGAGAGCUUUGUGCUUCGCCACCCGUGGGUUAUGGUUUUGACCUCCGUUCUGUCCGUGCUUGCCGUGGUAUUUUGUGAUUUAAUGCAGAACACUUACCAUUAUUACAUUUCCCACUGGCCGCUGAACACCACGUUCGACGUCUUCGUGCUCUGCAUGAUUUACAUGUUCCUGCCAAUUCCCUCCAUCAGGGGAGCUGCUCUUUUGGCCACAUCCGUGAGCCUUAUUUACGUGGCCUACUUCAUGCACUUCCUGGCCUUCACCAGGCAACGGACUUUACGAAGGGUCCACGGCAUCGACGUGGUCUCCGUGGAUGUAUUCCAAUACCUGGGCUUCAACAUGAUGGGCAUCUUCUUCCGCAUCAUGAACGACACGAUGGUGCGCGCCUCCUUUCUCGAUCGCCACCAGUUCAUGAAGGAGGAGAGGUGGCUGCGCCACGCCCUGGGCCAGGAAUCGAUGCUCCUAGACAGCGUCCUGCCUCCGCAGAUCGCCAAGCCCAUCCAGAGUAGCAUCAAGCACAGGAUCAUGCAGCCGGAGAACGAGUUCGAGCGCAAGAGCCUGGGUGUCUCAAGCACGGAGUACUUCAUGGCCAUCCAGAUCCAUCCGGAUGUGAGUAUCCUGUACGCCGACGUGGUCAACUACACCCACUUGACCACCACCCUGGCGGUGGACAAGUUGGUGAAGGUGCUCCACGACCUCUACGGAAGAUUCGAUAUGGCUGCCUCGCACUUUAAGGUGCAGCGCAUCAAGUUCCUGGGCGACUGCUAUUAUUGUGUGGCGGGAUUGGUGGAGGCAGAUCCCGAUCACGCCACGAAAGCCGUGUCCCUGGGCAUUUCCAUGAUAGCCAACAUCCAGGAGGUGAGGAUCGAGCGCGCCUUGGAAAUCGACAUGCGCAUAGGAGUUCAUUCGGGUUCCCUCUUUGCAGGAGUCAUCGGCGAGGCAAAGCUGCAGUUUGACAUUUGGGGUGCGGAUGUUGAUAUCGCCAAUCGCCUAGAGGCCACUGGAAAACCGGGAUAUGUGCACGUUAGUGGGCGAACCCUGAGCAACCUGAAUGCAGACGAAUACAUAAUCUUUCCGGGCACCGAAAAAGCCCAGAGAGAUUCUAUGCUGCAGAAGCACCCGAUGGGCACCUACCUGAUAAGGGGUCACGUCCAGCGGGAAUCGGUGAGAUCCACCCUACAUGGGGUGCAGUCCCAUGUCAAUUUGGACUUCAUGACACUGCAAACGAGUCGGAGUACUCGUGGCGAAACCGCAAACAUCGACUCGAUGUCCGAUGAGCUGCGCGAGGAGUUCAACAAGAUGCCGGUCGGAGGAUUCCAGUAAGUGCUGCUUUAAUAGUCACUGGGAAAUUUUGGCUUUCCUCGAAGGAAAAUUUGGUCCGAAUUUGAUGUGUUAAUGCUUAUAAAA